CAUCUGCGAACCAUGGGCUGGCCUUUGCCCGCGGCCCGAGCGGAGCGCAGGGGGUGGAGGGGCAGCAUUGGUCGCCUGGCUCAGUGUCAGAGAGCUCUUCUCUCUCCGCUUCCACCUAAGCAUAUACAGCGGCGCCUGUUCGCCUUUCCUGCGCCCCCUCUCCCCUCCGCAGGGGGCUCUCAAUGAGCUCGCACCUCCAAUCUAGCGAUGCUGACGAUCAUCUCUCACCUUUGCUCUCUCUCUCUCUCUCUCUCAGCCAAUCUACCCACGCGCGCUCUCGCCUCUUCUCCCGCUCUGAGCCGCACGGGCAUCUAUUUCGGCUUUGCGCGCCUCAAGAAGCCGCGCGUGCACUUGGCAGAGCAAGAUCGCGGGGUCUAUCCCUUUGUCAUGUCGCUCGGCUACAAUCCCUUCUACGGCAACACGCAGCGCACUGGCGAGGUACACAUCAUGCAUCAGUUCGCCUCUGAUUUCUACGGCCUCGAACAGCGCGUCGUCAUCCUAGGCUACCUGCGGCCCGAGUACAACUACGAGACGCGCGAGGGCCUCAUCGAGGACAUUGAGACGGACAAGCGUGUGGCGCUGGCGUCGCUCAGGCGUCCCCUGUGGCAGGCGUACGCCAGCGAUCCAUUUCUGGGUCCGGGGCCGGGAGCGGAGUAA